AUGGCCAUGAUCCUGGCCGCGGUGAGCGGGGACUUUGCCGACACCUCCUUCUUUACCCGCCUUGAGAUCGAUGAUCUUGCCAGGCUGGAGACUGUCUGCUGGGGCCUGCGGGAGCUGAUCCAAGAUGGCGGUGCCUGGGGCUCGUGCAUCGCGCACUCCUUCCCCGACGUGUCGAUUCAGGGGGAGGUCCGCGCGGCGGCCAGCCAGGGGGCGACCCGAGAGCGCCGCCUGGAGAUCAAGAAACUGCUCUCCGCGCUCGCCUCGGUGCACACGUUCGUGCCCGGCCGCGAGCCCCUGACCAUCGCGACGAUGGAGAGGGCCAAGGAGCUCGAGGCCGCGGUGGCGCGGGGGCUCGGCGCGGCCAAGGCGCACGCGGAGGCCGGCGGCGGCGCCAGCCGCCUGGUCGUUGGCCACUUCUACUUCCCGAACGCGAUGGCCCUCCCGGCCGCGGUCGUGAGCACCACGGGGGAGGCCCUGGACCUGGACGGGGACCUGGGCAGCCUCUGGUCCGUCAGCGCGCCCCUCCAGUUCUCGCUGCCGCGCCCGCACAAGAUCAGGAGGAGGAGCCGCCGGCGCGGUGCCGACCACAAGGCCGAGGAGGAGCUGUGCCUGCGCUUGGCGUGGCGGGGCGACUCGGUCCUCGCCCGCAUCACGAAGCGCGGCGCCUCCGUGGUCAGCCCGGUGCCCUUCCUGGGGGCGGGCUUCGGGCACGAGCUGAUGCUCGACGUGCGUGCGCUGGGCAGCGCCCCCAUCCUGAGGUCGCGCGGCACGCUGAUGCGCGUGGGCGGGCCGUGGAAGAAGGUCAGCGGCGUGUGCGCCGCGCACCUGCCGCGGCUGGAGCUCGCCGAGGCGCUCUCCACGGGGCUCGCGUGCGUCGUGUGCGUGCGGGACACGGUGGACCUCCGCUCGAUGGCGGAGAGCAGCGACUGCGUCCUCGGCAUGUCCCCGCAGUGCGCCAACGCCCUGAACUUGGAGGUCUCGGCCCGCCACCGUCCGAACGACGUGAUCUCCAUGCUGUCGUUCCUGCCCGAGUUCGAGGUGGCCGCCGCGCGCCCCGGCGGCACGAUCAUGGCCGCGGCGGUGGCCGAGCCCGCCGCGGGAGGGUCGGCUCUGGAGAUGGAGGCGCUGGAGAUAUUUGAGCACUGGGACCUUCACGACUGA